AUGGCUGACCCUGACCAAUCCAUCAGCAACGGCACCUGCUUCUCCGCAGUGAGGCAACUGGCCGCUGAUAACUUCAUUCCCUGUGGCAACUGGGUGUUUGGCAACUACCAGUGCUGCCAGGCUGGCGAUUACUGCCUCGACGACAAUGCUUGCUACAACCCAGAGCAUGGCACCACUUACCUCGCCGGGUGCACCGACUUGGAAUACAGGGACGCAAGCUGCCCGGAUAAGAAGUCGUACAAGGAUUACCCAUGGGCUGGACUCAUCUACUGCAAGCCCAAUCGAUGGGUGGCCUGCGAGGAGACGGCCAAACCGUACACCAUCACCGUCGGCGACCCGUGCACAUGCCCGUCGGCGUCCGAGACGAUGACCGUGGCCUUCUCUGCCCCCUCGCAGAUCGCAGCAAUCGGAAGUCUGCCAAGCCGGUCAGGCGGCACCAUUGAGUGGGAGCCGGGCCACUUUCCGACGGCAUCACUGAGAACGAGCUCGUCGUCGUCCAGCUUGUCCAGCACCCACCCUUCGGCCGCUUCCACGCUCGCCUCCGCAACAUCAAGCUCCGUGCUUCCUACCACAACGACGGCUUCAGCCAGCGACAAUCCCACUCCAUCCCUAGGCCAUUCCCUAAGCGACGGCGCAAAAGCAGGCAUCGGCGCCGGCGCGGCGGUGGGCGGCAUCCUCCUGUUCGGCGCGCUCUCGGCGCUCUGGGUGGUGUUCCGCCGCCGCAGGAACGACAAGAAUACCCCGGCCGGCCCGGAAGCGGGACAGGCCGCAGGACCAAACACACACGACGACAAGAGCGGGGGUACGGGACCGGCCGAGAUGCCCACUCCCGUGGUUCCUCCGCGGCCCGCGUAUUCGGAGUUGCCGGUUGGGCCGUGGGUGGUGCGGCCAGAGUUGCCUGGGGAAGUGAGCCCGAUGACGCCGGGAUAUAGAGACGGACAUGAAUAUGGCGGGCAGGUGUCUCCGCCUGGUUCUCCCCCUGCCAUGGGAUCGCAAGAAGCGAAUGCGAAUGCGAAUCAGGGGUGGGUCGGCAUGCCGCCAUUGACGACUGUCGAGGAGGAGCGCGAGAUGAGUCAUCAACAGGGCCAGCCGGGACUGGGGCCGGGCGGGCCGGGACAGUGGACACAGACGAUGGGAAAUCAGAGGCCCGGUCAGGGGGCGGUGCUGGAACUGCCUGCAUGA